AAAUAUUUCCUUGUGAAGUUACAUAUAUUAUGAUAGAAAAAUUAUUUAUGUACUAGUUUAUAAUAAACAAUGGCUAAAACAGCAACUUCAAAAUAUAUUUUCAUUAUCUACAUCACGUUCGCAAAAGUACAACAUAUUAUAGAUUCACAUAGUUUGCAUUAUUCGAAAACCAAAUGGAUGACUCAUUUAGGUUGUUUCAGUGUUAAUGGACUAGGAGAUUCGACAAGCGUCCAAUUGACAAACAUAACCAACAAUCAACCUAAAAUAUGUUCUAGACAGUGUGGAAAUUGGAAUUUCUUCGCUCUACUUGAUUCCGGAUGUUUCUGUUUUAAUGACGCAAUACGUAAGGACUUGGUGGAAAGCAUGUCGAACAAAUGUCAAAGAAGGUGUCCUGACUAUACAGACAAAAUGUACUGUGGUUCCAAAGAUAUGUAUUAUGUUAAUAUAUAUAGGCAUGAAAAAGAUUUAUUCCCUAAUGUGAAAGAUCAAAACUUAGACUGUCUUACUGUCAGUGGACACAAAAUGCAUAAGAACAUCAAACAAAUGCCAUGUAACAAGGCUGUCUCCUUCAUAUGCAGCGGGCAAGAUAUACCCGUUGUACAGAAAUUGCCAUUUAAAGAUGCGAAGCAGUUUUGUGAAAACUCAUUGCAUAAAUUGAUGAACAUCAACGAACGACUACCACAAACGACAGAAAACAACACACAUUAUUGGAUCGGAACAUUUAGGCAAUUUGUUUAUCGUUAUGAAGAGAUCACUGUUCGCCCACCAACCCUUAAAAUAUAUGUGUUGAAAUCAACUCAAGACAUUUACACACAACAGUCUACAACAAAACGGGAGAGAACUUUUGAUCUUGUAAAUAUGAGCACGAUGAAUACAGAGAGAUCUACUUGGACAGCUAGUACUACUUUGAAAUCAACAAAUACCAAAGUUCGGCCUGUUGACAUAAACUGUGGCAUAUUUUGCAUAGUACUAGGUAUAUUUUCCUCUUGCGUUUUUAUUUUGGUGCUAUUGGUGUGUGUGUAUAAGAACAAAACAAAAUGGAAUGGUGCUUUACACAGGAAUGAACAACUAUCAAAUAGACAAAAAGAACAUCGACCUGUUUAUAUAAAUCCCUGGAAUUAAAAAACUGUAUUCCAGAAUCAACAUUUGUCGAUGGUACGUUUUUAUCAACAUUUUUAGUGGUUAAACAAGAACAUAUUCGAAGACUAACGUGCCUACAGCUAGACAACCUUGUGUGUCAAGUUACUGACAAUUAGACUAUUAUAAUGACAAGAAAACGAAACAGAACGUGGAAAACAAAUCGACAUCGACGAAACUGCAAAAUAUGAAGAUUCUAUGGGAAAUUGAUUGAUUACAGUAAAGACGACUCAAAACUUAAACCCAGAAAGAAAUAGAGGUUUCCAUUCAGAUUUCGUUCGUCAAAUUUACGUCGUCAAAAAAAUCCCAUACUGAGAUAUACGAUUCGACUGUGAUCAGUCAUGAAACAUAAAAAAUACCGACAAAGUUUGCUAGUUCGAAAAGGAGAAUUUACAAUGUCACGCGGCAGGGGGUUGAGUAUUGUGGACAAACACCGUUCACGCGAGAUAGAAACGUCUAAAACAAAAGAUGAAAAUCCGCCUAACAUUUUCCUGCACAUCAUUGUUACAGGUGAAUACACAGACCGUGUUUAUACUGACCUUAUCCUGCUUACAUGUUCUACGUUCCAAGUACUAGCUAAUAGAUAUACGACGUCGGUAAAUGUGUCACAUAACGAAUACUAUAACUGCAAUCGGGACCAGUCUGCUUGACCUUAUCUCGAUUUUGUGUUAGUUGCAUUCACACGUAAACUAAACAUAAUGACGUUCCCUUUGAUAAAACUCAAUGAUUACAUGUAGUUUAAAUCAUGUUUUGUCUACAUGCAGUGAAUAGUCAGUGCAGGUCAUGCAUGGGUCAAAUAAUUACAAAACAUGGUAAUUCGAACAUAUUCUAACAAUGCAUAUUUAAAAAAGAAACAUUUUUUUAAAAUAAAAUUGACAU